AUAAACAUGGAGUCCAUCUUCCACGAGAAACAAGAAGGCUCACUUUGUGCUCAACAUUGCUUGAAUAAUCUAUUGCAAGGAGAAUAUUUUAGCCCUGUGGAAUUAUCUUCAAUUGCACAUCAGCUAGAUGAAGAAGAGAGGAUGAGAAUGGCAGAAGGAGGUGUUACUAGUGAAGACUAUCGCACGUUUUUACAGCAGCCUUCUGGAAAUAUGGAUGACAGUGGUUUUUUCUCUAUUCAAGUUAUAAGCAAUGCCUUGAAAGUUUGGGGUUUAGAACUAAUUCUCUUCAACAGUCCGGAGUAUCAGAGGCUCAGGAUCGAUCCCAUAAAUGAAAGAUCAUUUAUAUGCAAUUACAAAGAACACUGGUUUACAGUUAGAAAAUUAGGGAAACAGUGGUUCAACUUGAAUUCUCUCUUGACGGGUCCAGAAUUAAUAUCAGACACAUACCUUGCACUUUUCUUGGCUCAAUUACAACAGGAAGGUUAUUCUAUAUUUGUUGUUAAGGGUGACCUGCCAGAUUGUGAAGCCGACCAACUUCUACAGAUGAUCAGGGUCCAACAGAUGCAGAGACCAAGACUCAUCGGAGAAGAACUAGCACAACUGAAAGAACAGAGAGUCCAGAAAACAGAUCUGGAACGAGUCUUAGAAGCAAAUGAUGGGUCGGCCACGUUAGACGAAGAUGAGGAAGAUUUGCAGAGGGCUUUGGCACUAAGUCGCCAAGAAAUUGACAUGGAAGAUGAAGAAGCAGAUCUCCGGAGGGCUAUUCAACUCAGUAUGCAAGGUAGUUCCAGAAGCAUAUCUCAAGAUACUCCACACACCUCAGAUACACAUCUGACUUCAGAAGAGCUCCGGAAGAGAAGAGAAGCCUACUUUGAAAAACAGAGGUGGCGGCAGCAGCAGCAGCAGGGUCCUCCCGGACAGCUGUCACAGCCGUGUGAGAGACCGACCACAAGUUCAGGAGCACCGGUUAGUGAUCCAGGAGAUGCUAUGAGUGAAGAAGACAUGCUUCAGGCAGCCGUGACCAUGUCUUUAGAAACUGUUAGAAAUAAUUUCAAAACAGAAGGGAAAAAAUAA